AAAGUUUUGACCUAUUUUUGUUGUAUGCAUAUUAUAAAAGAUUAAAUUACAAUACCAAAAAAUAUAUUCACGUUAUAAGUUAUAAUUGACUAUGGAUCACAAGUCGAGAGAUCAUCACAAAUCUUCAUCAAAAAGAAGCCGAUCUGAUUCACUUGAAAAUACCUCUAGAGAAAGACAUAAAUUACGAAAGCAAAGUCCCCCAAAACAACCCAAUGCUGUAGAGUUCAGUUUUCUAGAUUACAAAAGAAAUUUGAACAAAAUGAUUACAUACAGUAAUGAUUCUAAUACAGUUAUAAAUAAUCUUGACGAUUUCUGGGUGUUUGUUAAAAAAUAUGAAAUGACAUUAAAAAAGGCGGGAAAAUCAAUUAUAGAGAAUGAAAAUGAAAUAGAACUCAAUGAUAUUGGAAUACCAAUAAAUUUUUCCAAACAUAAUUGUAUAAAUUUUUUAAGUAAAAUGAAAUUUAUGGAUAGUGUUUAUGAUGAAAGGGAGAAGAGAAAGCUAGACAAAAAAAUGUUCGAUGCAUUCCUAAAUAUUGUGUCGAUUUAUUUAGAUUUUAAAAAUAAAGAGAAAUUUGAGAAGUUAAAAAAAUUGAGAAAGGCACAGAGUGAACUUCCUGUUGCUAAAUAUAGGAAUGAAAUAGUAUCAGCAGUACAGAAUGAGAAGGUAGUCAUUGUUGCUGGUGAUACAGGCUGUGGAAAAUCAACUCAAGUACCACAAUAUCUACACACAGCUGGUUUUCAGAAUAUUGCUUGUACCCAGCCGAGAAGAAUUGCGUGUAUUUCUUUAUCAAAACGAGUUGCUUUCGAAAUGUUGACUCAAUUCGAGAGUAAAGUUGGCUAUCAGAUUAGAUUUGAAAAAAGCAAGACGGCGGAUACGAAAAUUUGUUUUAUAACUGAAGGAUUAUUGUUAAGGCAGAUGUCGUCGGAAAAUUUACCGAGCUACGACGUCAUAAUCCUCGAUGAAAUCCACGAGAGACAUUUAAUGGGAGAUUUUUUGCUGGGUGUCCUCAAGUGCUUGAUACACUCCCGUAAUGACAUCAAGCUAGUACUCAUGUCAGCUACGAUCAAUAUUAAACUUUUUGAGGAUUAUUUCUCAGCGGAAUCGGCUGUCGUUAUUCAAGUACCGGGUCGGCUGUUCCCUAUAGAACUGAAGUAUAAACCUAUUUUGAUAGAAGAUAAACCUACUAGAGAUGACCGACUCGAUCCACAGCCCUAUGUACAGAUCAUGCAAUUAAUAGACAGCAAAUACCCAAGUGGCGAAAGAGGUGAUCUUCUCAUUUUCAUGUCGGGUGUGAAGGAAAUAACAGCGAUAUGUGACGCCGCUCAACAGUAUAACGAAAAAGCUAAGAGUUGGAUCAUUUUACCCUUACACAGUGCAUUGUCGCUCGCUGAACAAGAUAAGGUUUUCGACUACCCACCAGAGGGCGUUCGGAAAUGUAUUAUAUCAACGAACAUCGCGGAAACCUCCGUCACAAUAGACGGGAUAAGAUUCGUCGUUGACUCCGGAAAGGUCAAAGAAAUGAGUUACGAUUCAUCAACGAAAAUGCAGAGGCUGAAAGAAUUUUGGAUAUCAAAGGCAAGUGCUGAUCAGAGGAAGGGGAGAGCUGGGCGAACAGGUCCUGGAGUCUGUUACCGCAUAUAUUCUGAAGAGCAGUACUCGGAUUUGGAAGCGUUCAGUACCCCUGAAGUGUCGAGAGUGCCGCUCGCGUCGCUGCUGCUGUUGAUGAGUUCGCUCGGUGUUAAUGACGUCAGAAGGUUCCCGUUUAUUGAUUCGCCGCCGGAGGAGGCCAUUGAGGACGCGCUCUUAGAACUUAAACAACAUGGCGCGCUGUCUUCCAACGAGAAGCUGACGGCGCUGGGCGCGGCGCUGGCCAAGCUGCCGGUGGAAGUGUCGCUGGCCAAGGCGCUGGUGGCGGGCGCGGCCACGCUGCCGGCAGACCGGCUGUCCGCGGCGCUGGCGCUGGCCGCCGCGCUCGGCUUGCGCUCUGUGUACACCGCGCGCGCGCAUCGGGACUUCGACUGCGAGAACGCCCGGCGCGCCGACGAGUCGGACCACGGCGACCCGGUGUCGCUGCUGUCGCUGUACAGCGCGUGGCUGCGCGAGAAGGCGCGCGGCGGCGGGCGCGCGUGGUGCCGGCGGCGCGGCCUCGAGGAGCAGCGCCUCUACGAGCUCACCAAGCUCGCGGCGCAGCUCGACAGCCUGCUGCAGGACAAUAACCUAACGGAGGCUCCAGAACCUGAAACAAUGUCGUCAGCGGAGAGAGCGCUACGACACGGGCAGAUAAAACAAUUGAAAGAUAUGAGAAGGCAGUACAAACAAAAAGCGGCUGAAGAAUCGAAACGUCGUAAGCGUCUCAAAGUCGACUCGUGGGAGAUAAUAGACGACAAAGACGAGGAUAAUACUGUGGACAUUCGCGACAUAGAGUUCCGCAUGACCAACGACGCGGGCAGGAUACGGGCUUUGAUCAACGGCUCCAGUACGAACAGUGGACGGGAUCUUAUCAUGUUAAAGUUGAUACUCUGCAGAGCUUUGUACCCACAAGUCGCAGUAGCAGACGAAUACAAUCAUUGCAAGUCUGUAUCCGAACAGCUGUUCCACACAUGGAGUAAGCCGUUCGUGUUUCUGCACCCUACGUCCAUCUUCGGCAAGAAUCCAAAACUUCUGCAACUCACUGAAGCGGACAUACAGACCGAAUUACCGAACGGUUAUAAAAACAGGCUACCGUUAUCAGCAAAACAUCAGAUACUGUGUUACUUAUCGCUGUUAGAGACAACAAAACCCUACAUAGUUAAUUCAAUGCGAAUGCCAGCCGCCCAAACGUUGCUGCUUCUAGCACAUUCAAUAGACACCAACAUUGGUUUCACAAGAAUACUUUGUGACUCUUGGCUGUUAUUGGAGUUUCCGUAUCCCGAAACCGGAUUGAGUUUAUUAAUGAAAGCCGUUAAGUUAAGACAACGUUGGGACGCACUUAUUAACAGGCGACUUCAAGAUGCAAAUCCUAACAAGUCCGUUGAAAGUGAACUUCAAAAAUCAAAUCAAACUAAAUCAUCUUACGAAGAAGAACAGUACGAAUUAUCAUGUGAUAUAAGUACUUAUAUAAACAGUGAUAUAUAUUAUACGAUAAAAAGAUGCCUGCCUGGAGACCUCAAAGUAAUGUAUGUGGGUGCGGACGAGGUACACCCGAGUAUAGACCCUAAUCCUUUCGAUCAGGGCUUCGAAUGCCGUGCACACGAGAAGAAGGGCGGUGUGUAUGUGACGGAUAAUAUUGUUUUUAAUUGCGUUGUAGAUACGGACUGGAGCUACCAAAGUUAUCAAGAAACCUACAGCCUUCCAUGGACCUGUCCAGACUGCGAGAUAUCAGUCUGUUUAUCACCUCUAGAAAGGAUACAGCAUAAGGAGUUCACAUGCUCUUCUAGAACCGAAAAGAAGGAAGUGCAGACUAAGGUGAUAAGGGAAAAUAAGCCUAACACCAAGGAAUAUGAGUGUGAAAAUUGUAAAAAGACGUUAUAUUUAACGCCUGUUGAAAUAUUGAAGCACAAAAAUGCAUGUAAAUAAAAAUGCUAUUAAAAAAGGAAAUCGGUGUUUGCUUUAUUUAUAAAUAGCCUAAAAUAAAAUGUAUAAU